GUCUAUGGUGUUAUCAGAUGGCAUGAUUCGAAUGUCAUUGAAUCUAAAGUUUAUAAUGGUCAGUAUACUACAAUAUCUCUAAAUGUAGAACAAACUAUCGCCAUUUCUAUUAUCGGAAAUACGCGGUCGCGCGAACAUCUUUCUGAU